AUGGCUGGCUGUGCCACUACUCCUAACCCCAUGCAGACCCUUCAGGAGGAAGCGGUGUGUGCCAUCUGCCUGGAUUACUUCAAGGAUCCCGUUUCCAUAGGCUGUGGGCACAACUUCUGCCGAGGAUGUGUGAGCCAACUGUGGGGCAAGGAAGAUGAGGAAGACAGGGACGGGGAAGAAGAUGGAUGGGAAGAAGACGAGGACGACGAUGUAGAGGGGGCCACCGGUGGAUGGGACAACUCUAUUCGAGAGGUUUUGUACCAGGGCAGUGCUGACGAGGUGUUCCAGUACCAAGAAGAUGAACUCUGGGUUGGUGACGGUGGCGUCAGGAAUUGGGACAACAUGGACUAUGUGUGGGACCAGGAGGAAGAAGAGGAGGAAGAUCAGGACUAUUACCUGGGCAGCUUGAGACAUGACCUGAGAAUUGACGUCUACCCAGAAGAGGAGAUAUUGGAAGAAUACGAGGACGAGGAAGAGCUGUAUCCUGACACCCAUUUGCCUCCUCCUCCUCCACCUCCCCCCCCUCCUCCGCCCCCUCCACGUCAGUUCAUCUGUCCCCAGUGCCGAAAGAGCUUUAAGCGUCGCAGCUUUCGUCCCAACUUGCAGCUGGCCAACAUGGUCCAGAUAAUUCGCCAGAUGAGCCCCACUCCUUAUCGAGGAAGUCGGGGGAAUGAUCAAGGCAUCUGCUCCAAACACCAGGAAGCCCUGAAACUUUUUUGUGAAGUGGACAAAGAGGCUAUCUGUGUGGUGUGCCGAGAAUCCAGGACCCACAAACAACACAGCGUGGUGCCAAUGGAGGAGGUGGUGCAGGAGUACAAGGAGAAAAAAAUGAAGAAAUUUGUGAAGCCUUGCAUUCCAAGUGCUGCCACAACUUUGAGAGGAAAUUGA